AGCUCUCAUCUCGGGGAUUCCGCACACUGAGCCAUUGGCAUUGCGAUUUCGGACUUGGGACAUUGUGGCAAAAGUAUGAUCCAGAAUGCUAAGAGACGCUACGAGCAUCUGACCGAUGGCAAGUUGGUGCUGGACAGCAAGAAGAGAAGGGAGUUUGCAUUUGCUGCAGUGGACACAUGCAUCUCUAUCUACAUCAACGGCCGCGUCAAUGAGUGGACCCCAGUGCCGCUGCUGAGCCGGUUCAUCCCUCAAGUUGCAGAUUUGCUUCCAGAGUCCGUGCUCCCAAACAAAGAGCGCCACUGUUUGAUUGCUGAGCUGCUUUACAAGAGUGGAAUGAAACUGGGUGGUUUGCCGGUGAAAGCCAUGCAGUUUAUGAGUCUCCGGCAUGAUUUGCCCGAAGGUUACUGUGAAGAGUUUUCCAAGGCGCAGGAAAGCACAAGUUUCCGCAGUCCAGCAGAGCACGUUCAGAAGAUCUUGGGCAAGUUUCCGGGCUUGGAAUGGGAUGACUCUGACGAAUUUGUGAAGAGCGCCUCCAUUGCACAAGUUCACACGAAUUGCACAUGGCAAGGCAAGCCAGCAGUGGCCAAAGUUCAGCACGCCCACGUGAAAGAAGAGUACGAAAGUGAUUUGAAGAUCAUGGCCGACCUUGGCCAACAUGUGGACAAAUAUGAGGAGGCAAAAGGUGCAGCUGUGAUGUUGAAGUCACUUGCUGAGAAGCUGGCGCCAACAGUAUCCAGCGAAACUGACUUCACAAAAGAAGCAGCCAACCAAGAUCGCAUUCAGAAGAUGUUUGCUGCAUCGCACUCCGAUGUGGUUGUUCCAGAGGUGUUUGCUGCCACUGAGAUGGGCCUGAUUAUGGAGAAGCUCCCAGGCAAGACAGCAGCGGAAGCUAUCGCGUGCUGGAAGCGUGGUGAGCCCCUCGAUAUCUUCGACCGCCAGCAACGGAACGUCAUCUAUGACUUAUUUGCGCAGAUGGUCUUGAAGCACAGAUUCUUUCAAAUGGAUGCCCACCCAGGCAAUUUCAUGGCUUUAGAUACUGUGAAGGUGGCACUUCUGGAUUUUGGUCAGUGCUGCGAACCUUCGCCAAAGCAAGUGACACUUUUUCAGAAUUUCGCUCUCACUGCACCCACCUCUGAAGAAGAUGCCAUAGAUGAGACCAAGAUUUUGUCAUGGAUCAGCGAAAUGGGAGUGAAAGUGGCGACUGCAGCUGAAGCCAAAGCGUCGGCUGAUUUGCUCUUCUUCGGACAGAAAAGCUCCAUAUUUCCAAGCACGAAAGAAAUUGACCCUGAGCUCAUGCCGUUGCUGCUGAUUUCUUUCUAUUUGUCUCGUUUUGAGAGCGAGGCUGCUGAGCUCCGCUCUCACGUAGGUUUGAAGGAUCAGGCAGAUGACUUUGCUGUGCUCAAGGCAUUCCGCUACGUUGCCGAGGCUUUGAACAGGGCUAAGUUGUGAUUUAGGUUAUCCCUGGACGAAGUUCGAGGCCAAGCAGACAUGACUAGGACUAGGCUAGCGGCUCGCAGAUGACCUUCAGAAUGAAUGAUGAAUUUGGUUGUCUGGUACGGUCAUGUUUGAGCAUGCUGCUUGGCACCCUAGACAAGCCCAUUGCUCCGGAGUAGUUAUUAGCAGGCAGAGUUCAUGAACUUGUUGGUGCUUCAACGGCACCAGUGCAUGCUGGUGCGGCGUUUUGCAGCGCAGUGUGCCAGAAGUGAAUUCACCAGCAGAAAUUGGAGCGGCAGUGACAGUGAUUGGUCUUUGUUUGGUUGAGGCCUUGUGUCCGAUUGUUGUUUCAAGCUCGCUUUCAGUAUCACCCCAUGGCAAGGGUGUGUUCUACACUCCGCCCUGCUGGUUGUGUAGCGCAGUGCGCUAGCGAGAUAUCAAUCUCUGGAGUCGACUGCUUGUUUUGCACUUUGAAGCAAGUGUGAAACCUGCGACCUAUUGAAAAAGGCAACAGGUUUCACCUUGGCGCUCAUUCGAUCUAUUUGUGUUUCUCUCUUUUACUUUGUCCGCGCAUAUAGCUGCGUCCAUGUUGUUUCCCUGCUCUUGGUUUUCUUUUCCUGGCUUUGCUAGUCUUUUUAACCGGCGGUGUGCGAUCCUUCUUCGAAUUCUUGUUGGGCGUUCUGUUCCUCGUGCACUUCUGCUGUGGCUUCAUGACGCUGAUUCUUAGAUCUAACCGUAACGAGCAUGUUCCAAACCAAAGCAGCAUGCAGUUGCCAUGGAGAGAGAACAGGAACGCGUUGUUCACGCUGCAGAACUGCAGGAGAGCAGCAACUUCGCCCUCGAAACACGACAGAAUGCGAAUUUAAGGAAUCAUAAAGAAGGCUGA